CAUUGAAGGAUCGCUUUUCUCUUUUUUUCCCUCUGACAUCGAUUCCUGCCUUGUUCCUUGACAUAGCGGCGAAAAGGGUAUACUGGUGUGGCGAUAUGGAGGGUCACGAGAACAAGGAGCCUGAGCAGCUUAGAAAGUUAUUCAUCGGAGGCCUGAGUUUUGAAACGACAGAAGACAGUCUGAGGGCUCACUUUGAGCAAUGGGGGAAGCUUACAGAUUGCGUGGUUAUGAGAGACCCAGCCAACAAACGCUCCAGAGGGUUUGGGUUUGUGACGUACUCCUGUGUAACAGAAGUAGAUGCUGCAAUGGGGGCCCGACCUCACAAGGUGGAUGGGCGCGUGGUGGAACCCAAAAGGGCUGUGUCCAGAGAGGACUCCUCAAAACCGGGAGCUCAUCUAACGGUGAAGAAGAUUUUUGUUGGUGGGAUCAAAGAAGACACAGAGGAGUAUCAUAUAAGGGAAUACUUUGAACGCUAUGGGAAGAUUGAGAGCAUCGAUGUAAUGGAAGACCGUCCAACUGGCAAGAAGAGAGGAUUUUGUUUUGUUACUUUUGAUGACCAUGACACUGUGGAUAAAGUUGUUGCUCAAAAAUAUCACACAAUAAAUAGCCACAAUUGUGAGGUCAGGAAAGCGUUGCCCAAACAGGAAAUGCAAGCAGCUAAUAACCAGAGGAGCAGAGGUGGAGGUGGUGGAAACUUCAUGGGCCGUGGAGGUGGUAACUUUGGAGGUGGUAACUUUGGCCGAGGGGGAUACGGCGGGGGCCGAGGAGGCUAUGGAGGUGAUGGCUACAAUGGGUUUGGAGGAGAUGGUCCAAACUAUGGUGGUGGCCCAGGCUAUGGAGGGGGCCGGGGGGGCUAUGGUGGCGAUCCAGGUUAUGGCAACAAUGGAGGGGGGUUUGGAGGAUAUGAUAACUACAACGACGGAGGAAACUUUGGAGGGAACUUUGGUGGAGGAGGAGGUGGAAACUACAAUGACUUUGGGAACUAUGGUGGCCAGCAGUCCAACUAUGGACCCAUGAAGGGAAAUGACUUUGGUGGAAGUAACUCAGGUGGACCCUAUGGCGGUGGCUAUGGCUCAGGCGGCGGAGGCGGUGGCUAUGGCUCUCGGCGAUAUUAACACUCAUUAAUCAGUGGCAUCAGUUCUUAGCAGGGGAGGAGAUGAGCAAAGGAGUUGUCAGGAAAGCUGCAGGUUACAUUGAGGCAGUCGUCUGAGCGCAGUAGAAGGACACUGGAGGAGCCAGGAUCCAUAGUCAGAAAAGAAAAAAAGUUACUGCAGCUUUAAUUGGAGACUCCUUUUGACAAGACCCUUACACCCUAGCUACAGUGCAAGAGUGUAGCUAGUGACAACAGAAACAGCGUCUACAUUCCUUUCAUCAUCUUUGAUGCUAGAUUCCCUCACCUCACCCCACGGAAUGAAAAUCUUUUCCCUUGUGCACCUGAUAAAAUCCUGUGUGAUUUGUGCUAGUGGUUUAAGGAAUUAAAACAAGAAAAAAAGACAAAACUGUUUUGAGUAAAUGUACCGUCAGCUUUUGAAAUAGUGUUGAAUUUGUUUCCUGUAGACAAAACCAUUCUGUGGCCUUUCCUUUGUUAUUGACUGAUGAAGAAAAGGCAGGAAGUGUCAGUUUUAACUUUAUUUUAUAUUAUUUUAAAGACUGUUUUGAGUUUCAACCACUGGUGAUUUUUCUUGUCAGUGUGAAGUGUAUUUUUGUAUUAUAAGUAUAUGUUGUCUAUCCCUGGUUGUGUGAAGAGCUAGUGUAUGCAGCUUAGACAUCAAAGAACUGGAGGUCAUGUGUUUUUACACAACUUGUACAAAAAGAAUUCUAGAUUGUUAACAUAUUUUGGAAAGUGGAACAUCAGAUAAAUAAAGUUGUGUAGUAAAUUAUCUUAUGUAGUGUAGUGCGUCAUUGGGUGUGAGGCAGAUGGACAUAAAUGGGUAUUUCAUUUUCACCAAUGCAAGUGUAGAUAUAUUGAUAUUCUUGUAUGUAUGUUCAAACUUAUUUGAGAAGAUGUUCUGCAGACUUUGCAACAGGGGCCUCUGUUAGUCCAACUGUAGGCUGAAGACAUCUGAAAAGUUAAAUGUUCCAGUUGUGCAAGAAGAGGUUUUUUUUUUUUUUCUCUCAAGUGGCAUCAUACUGACUUUGGGCAAGUGUAAAACAGUGUGUUGAGGGAUGACAUUGUCCAGCCCAGAACAGUCGACCAGUCAGCGAGUUCUUACAGAAAAGAGGAGGCAGAAUUAUGCCCAGCAUCCCAACAACUACAACUUCUGAAGAAGCUGUGCAGUGUCUCUUGCUCGUCCAAUAGCCAGCAUCUUCAUUCGAGAGAGCUAGUGGUAUCUUCAGGAGACAGCCCCUGGAGGAGAAGCUAGUAAGUUCCUGGAUUUUUUUGAGAAUCAAGUAGCAUGUCAGCGUGUGUUGUAGGUCUAGAUUGAGAUCCAGAUGAUUGAAGGGGAAUGAGUGAGUGGUUGCACUGUCAGAAACAGUGCAGAUUAAAAGAAGAUGGAGCAGUGUCUUAGAACAAGGUAAGAGUAACCACUUUGCUUCAUUUUCAGAUUUUGGGAAAAGAAGCAUUUCCCCAUCAACUGAUGGUACAGGCUGGGUAAGGAUGAGUGUUUUUCACAAUGUAUGCGUGGUCAAGAAUUACUGUUCUACUAAUCCAUUUCAGACAUCACAAAUGGGGAAGAAGGAUGGUAAUGGAUAGACAUUUGGCAACAAUGAGGCUGGCACAUGGGUUCUAAAGCCAUGCAAAAUGAUUAACAUAUAAUUUAUCAAAGGUUUUCAUGAUCGAAAAUGUAUAUGUAUUUGAAAAUGUUGUCUGACAGUAAUAGGACUUCAAAAGCGCUGCUGAUGCUGGGAUCAAUUGUGAAGGUAUGCAACUGCUUCUUGGCUUGUGCGGCUUUGUGAGAAUAUUAAAGCAGGGAAACAUAAAUGGGUGGAUUGUCUACUGACUUAAAUAAGUGGUGGGCCUAUUUCAGGAUGUUCUAUUGCAAGUCCUUUUAAGAGUAUUACAGCAGUCAGGGUUUUACAUAGUGUUGUGUUCUUUUUAUAAACUGCCUAUUUAUAAAUAAAGCAUUUUUCCAACAA